GUUCUGCAGCCCUGCUUUCUUAAAGAAAGGCCUUCUCCCACACAACAUUUGCCUUGUCGAUCAUUCCUUGUUGUCAUUUUCGUUCUUUCAGCCUCUACUCUCAUUGUCUGGACCGUCUAAGCAAAAAAUGGAUGACUGUCUGCCCUGAAACCCUCCGAGCCAUGUCCAUCCAAUUCGUCCGCUAUUUAUCAGCCCACCCUCUCUUUAGCCGCUGACCUGCUAUCCUCGAAUCGAUCAUUAUCAUACUCGUCUCGCAUCGGACCGCAUGAUGUAUUUCAUACACCUGAUCAUCGUGAUCUACUUUAUAGUCAUUCCUUGCUCGGCUGGUCCGAUCGCUUACUUUGUUCCCAAGAUCAGGGAUCUGGGGUCUGACCAAGGGUCGACCCAACUUGCUCCCUCUCCUUCGUUUACCACCCCUCUCGUGCGUGUUGCCAGUACAUCUGCCGAAGACGAUGGGGAUGACGCCGACGUGUUGACGGUCAUUCCUGUGACACCAUCCAAUCUCCCCAAGACUGAGCCCAGCCCCGGCACAACAACCCAGCAGCAGCCGACCAGUUCCAGCGCAGUGGUUCAAACACACUCCACUUCUCGGUCUAUCUCUGCUGAGCCAUCCAUCUCUCUAUCCCAGUCGUCCUCUGAAGCUGUGUCCCCGUCCACCAGCGCCAUAUCUGGGACUUCUUCGGCGAAUACUUCACUGCCCGUCCCAGAAAACACAAGUGCCGUUCCCGAUGGCGAGGAAAGAAUUACUUCCUCACACGUCCCAGAUAUUACAGCAAUAACAGCCUCUUCUUCUGGUGCUUUGCUCGGAAGUCCUACGGAACCUUCUUCAUCGCGAGCUCCAGAGACUGCAACUUCUUCUAGCAUAACUCCUGGCUUUGUGAUUCCCCUUCCCAAUACCAGCACGAGUUCUCUAUCACUAUCCCAAACCUCUACUUCAGAAAGCUCUGCAAGAGCUUCCUUCGGUUCUGCAAGCACCCCUAGCUCUAGCAUCACCCCCGGAUUUGUCAUACCACUUCCUAAUGCUAGCACGAGCCCUGCUCCGUCGUCCUCUCCCAGAGCCCCCGCUUCGCCGGAGACUUCGAGAAAAACGUCAACUUCCGCUAGUAUAACCCCUGGAUUCGUGAUACCACUCCCUAAUGCUAGUUCAAGCUCCCCAUCAUCAUCGGCAGUCUCUACCUCGCGACAGAGUUCUGGAAUGGCGAUGUCCUCUAGCAUAGCGCCUGGAUUCCCCAUACCACUUCCUAAUGCUAGUUCAAGCUCUUCAUCGUCACAUCCGGCUUCUGUCCCGCCGCAGAGUUCAGGAAUACCUUCCUCACACCCCGCAGAGACGAUAUCUUCCUCUCGCACAACCCCAGGAUCUGUCAUCCCGCUCCCCAAUGCCAGUCCAAGCUCUCCUGCAUCGUCACACCCAGCGUCUGUCUCGCGACAAAGUUCUGAAAUGACGAUGUCCUCCUCUAACAUAGCUCCUGGAUUCCCCAUACCACUUCCCAAUUCCAGCACAAGCUCUUCAUCGUCUACGUCUUCGCUCUCUAGUUCGUCAAAGACACCGUCCCCGAAUGUGAACAUCGCGACACCAACUCCAGAUAAAUCCAGCGAUGUCUCCACAUCCACAUCCACCACAUCCGCAUCCACCACAUCCACAGAGGGCCAAUCGACCACCGCACCCGCAGGCCAGAUUGAGUCCAUCACGAAAGAUACCCUAACCCCGACCUCGACCUCUUUCGUUAGUGUGACAGUCAUCGCAACCGUCCAUCCAUCGGCACCGGCAGUAGAGACCACGUCCACCUCGGCACCAAACCCUGUCGUUGUCCUCAUCACGCCCGAAGGGUCAACAACCCUCGUUGGAACCUCCCACAUCCCAGAAACGUCCUCCACCACAGAGACAAUGCCAAUAUCCUCCACGACAAGCGGGAAUCCCACCACUACCCCCACCCCAGCUCCAACCUCAACCUCAACCAUGACAGAGCCGGAAGAAACAACCACCCUCUCUGCAACAUCAACACUCCUUCAGACCGUAUAUUUAGUCAUUACAAACACCCCAAUCCCCACCCCCGAACCAGCCCCCACCACCACAACAACCACACUACCUCUAAAAGCCGCAUCAACAUCCACAAUCAUCAUCAUCAACACCGCCACCGCCACCCCAGAAUCAGCUUCACCACCCACCACCAUCAUCGUCACUACAACCACUACUACAGAACCCACUCAACCCACAACAGACCCCACAGGAAACAAAGGAGAAGGCGAAAGCGAAUCAACCUCAACCCCCACUCCCACCCCAGCAUCCUCAUCCUCACAUUCAUCCUCCUCCUCCGAAACAAGUGGCAUCCUCAGCAUCGUCCCCGUUACACCAUCCGGUUUCAUCACCGUGACUGAGAUCCAGACUGAGACUGUCACCAAGACCGAGACCGAGACCGAGAAAUUCACCGAGACUGUCACCGUUACGGCGCGGUAGAUGGCACCAUCCCUACCUUACCAUUCCUACCAUCCCCACCAACCAUACCCUGCUGCGCUUUUUUUUCUUUCUCGUUGUGUAUCUGUCUGUGUAUCUGUCUUGUCUUUCAGUAUUUCAUUUUGUCUUGAAUAAAAAUUUUCUUUCUUUGUUGGAGUUAUUUAUCUCUUUUUUCCUAGUGGCGAUGUAAGUAGUAAUGGCGUGGCUUUUGUUUCUGGCUGUUUGUUUAUCCUGCCCGGGUGACAUAAUUUGUG